AUGCGAGGGACCUCUCUAAAUCAACUCGAAUUGGUUAGUCGACUUAACCAAGUCGAUUUUUAUAAAGCCGACUUAAUAAACUGGCCAAUUAGUGCUCUGGCAAUAUCUAAUGAGGAUAUUAUGAAAUAUGAUUUGGCAAUUUGUCACGUUGAAGAAAAUCAGCCUCAGCUAAAAACCGAAAUUAAUAAUUGA